CAAAUUCCUCUGAUGAACUCUGAGACAGAAACUGUGAGCAAAGAGGCCUGAGGAGGGAGAGAGCCAGAGGGAAGAUCCAGCCACUCUUCCUACCAGUCCUUUGGGAAAGGCUGGCCGUCAGCGGGACCGGGAGCCAUCUACCUCAGGGCCCCGAUCUGCCGGCCCUUCCUUGCCUUUCAGCACCUGCCAAGAACCGAGAACCGAGCCGGAGCGGGAGAGGAGAUAAUGGAGCCAGACAGGACUCAGAUAAAGCUUGACCCCAGGUACACGGCAGAUCUUCUGAAAAUCCUGGAGACCAAUUACAGCAUCCCCUCUGCCUGCUUCUCUCACCCUCCCACUGCAGCCCAGCUUCUGAGAGCAUUGGGCCCUUUGGAGAUUGCCCUCACGGCCACCAUGACCUUGCUUGCCCUGGGCUCAAUUGCCAUCUUCCUGGAGGAUGCUGUCUACCUGUACAAGAACACCCGUUGCCCCAUCAAGCGGAGGACCCUGCUCUGGAGCAGCUCUGCGCCCACGGUGGUGUCUGUGUUCUGCUGCUUCGGGCUCUGGAUCCCUCGCUCCCUCAUGCUCGUGGAAAUGGCCAUCACCUCGUUUUAUGCGGUGUGCUUUUACCUACUGAUGCUGGUCAUAGUGCAAGGCUUUGGUGGGAAGGAAGCAGUAGUGAGGACACUGAAGGACACCCCGAUGAUGAUCCACACAGGCCCCUGCUGCUGCUGCUGCCCCUGCUGCCCCAAACUCAAUCUCACCAGGAAGAAGCUCCAGCUGCUGAUGUUGGGCCCGUUCCAGUACGCCUUCCUCAGGAUAACCCUGGGCCUGGUGGGCCUGUUCCUCGUCCCGGAUGGCAUCUUUGAGCCAGCAGAUAUUUCUGAGGAGAGCACAGCUCUGUGGAUCAACACUGUCCUCGGGGUGUCCACCCUGUUGGCUCUCUGGAGCCUGGCCAUCCUUUUCCGUCAAGCCAAGCUGCACCUGGGCGAGCAGAACAUCGGGGCCAAGUUUGCUCUGUUCCAGGUGCUCCUCAUCCUGACCGCCCUGCAGCCAUCCAUCUUCUCAGUGUUGGCCAAUGGCGGGCAGAUUGCUUGUUCGCCUCCCUUUUCCUCUAAAAUCAGGUCUCAAGUGAUGAAUUGCCACCUCUUGAUACUGGAGACUUUCCUGGUGACUGUGCUGACACGGAUAUACUACAGAAGGAAAGACGACAAGGUUGGAUAUGAACCUUUCCCUUCUCCAGACCUGGAUUCGAACCUCAAAGCCUGAGGUGGACGGCUUGGAUAAUGAGACACUGUACUCAUGAGAUGGGCACACGAUUUCUUCACUGUCCCGCAACAUUGACCACAUGGGGAAGGAUUCCAUUGUCAGUACCAGCUGGCAAAUUACACUGGACUAUACAGAUGAAGGUGAAUCAUGCAAUAGGAUGAGAUUGUUUUGGGUCUUGCCUGGAGAAGGUAAUUUAGUUUCAUAUUAGACAAACAGAAUGGAGUUUGAAACUCUAUAAUCGGGCACAUUACCCCCAUGGGUGCCACGAUUAGCCCUUAAAACUUGCAUAUUGGUAAAGCUUACGGUAUAAGAAUGAGAGAACUCAGUUAGGCAAAGUAGGAUAAGCCCACAGUUUUGAAGAAAGCAGGCCCCUGAAGAAUAGAUCAAAGGUGUUCUUUUCCUUACCGAUGUGUCGUUAGAGCACUGAGGACAUUAGACCUGGGAGAGCUGGGUCAGCCUCCCUUUGUGGGACAAUGGCUUUUUAAGUCUUCUGUGACAAGCUGCAAAAGGAAUCCCCCUAUCAUAUGGUCAGGAGGCUUGACUUUGAGGAGAUAAAUUAGGAUGCAAAAGCAAAGGAAUUGAGAGUAUAAGUAAAAGCCCCAAAUAUGCCCGGCCAGUGUGGCUCAGUGGUUGAGUGUCAACCUAUGAACCAGGAGGUCACGGUUCUA